AUGCCUCUCGAAUCCGAUCUCAAGCUCGAUCAAUCCAAAUUCCAUCCCUCGGCUAUCAGCCAACAAACACACGACUACAAUGCCAACCUCAUGAAAAUUGGAAACGCAGGUCCCAAGUGGUACGAAGUUGGAGCCGAAAAAUAUCGUCAAAUGCGCUGGAAUGGUGAAACUCCAAUGCCGAGACCGACUGUCCUACCGGAAGGCGAAAACAUCGAAUUACCUUCUCGAGACGCUGGCCGGAAUAUUUCAUGUCGCGUAUUCAGACCUGCCGAGGGCAAGAAACCUAAUGGCGUGUUCUACCAUAUUCAUGGUGGAGGAUGGGUAUUGCAGAGCGAGCAAUUUCAAGAUCUCAUGCUGAAGCGGUAUUCCGAUGAGGCGGAUCUGGUGGUUGUGUCUGUUGGGUAUCGACUCGCGCCGGAACAUCCUUAUCCGGCAGGAAAUGAGGACUGUUUUGAUAUCGGAGAGUAUUUGAUUGAUCACGCGGAAGAGAAAUUCGGAGCGGAGUUGAAGUUCAUGGGUGGAGAUAGCGCGGGCGCGCAUUUGAGUGUUCUGACCGCGAUGAAGUUGCUGAAGACGAGGAAAGAGUGGAAGGGGUUCAAGGGACUGGUGCUGAACUUUGGGUGUUACGAUUUGACGGAGAGUAUGCCGCAGAUCCGGCAUUUUGAUCUACCGUUGGUUUUGGACUAUGAUAUUAUGCUUAAAUACUUCGAGGCGUACCUACCUGGCAAAUCCAAAGACGAUCGAAGGGACCCUUCGAUUAGUCCUCUUUAUGCCAAGUUGAACGAGUACAAGCUUCCAUCUGCUCUCUUCACUUGCGGAACUUCCGACUUGCUUCUGGAUGACAGCGUCAUGAUGUCUACGAAAUGGGCCAUGAGCGGCGCGGAGAGCAUUUUGAAGAUUUAUCCUGGCGCGCCACAUGGUUUCUCAUUCUUCCCUGUCGGCGGUACAGAGCGGACCGAUGAGUGUCUGAAGGACAUUGGCACAUACAUGAGGGAGAGGUUGUGA